UGUAAUCGCGUCAAACGUGGCUGGUGACGAUUAUCUGCCCUCGCUGUUCAGUGCGCAGAGCCUGCGCGCGCAUCCUUUGUUGGCGCUGUUAUCGUGUUAAAAGCGCGGCGACCAAGCUGUGUCGUGUCAUAUGUGUUUCUGCCAUGAGCUGCAAUAAACGGCUUUCGCAUAUCGGCGUCUUCAUUGUAACAUUGGCGACGAGGAUGGGAUGAAGCAGCACUGAAGCUAUGGCCACCACUUACGGCAAGCUGCCGGAGUUCUGCCCGGACUCGGGAAACAUCGACGUCUACCUAGAAAGGUUCGAACUAUUUGCGAAAGCAAAUGGAAUAGACGACGGAAAGAAGCUUGAAGUCUUCCUGACCAUAAUAGGAGAGAAGGCCUACGUGACACUGCGUAGCUUACUGCUGCCGAAAACGCCCACCGAAGUAAAGUACGAAGACGCCAAGAAGGUGCUGCAACAGCACUACGCCCUGAAGCGGUCUGUGGUCACUGAGCGAUACCACUUCUACAGGCGGAACCAGGAGUCAAAUGAAACCAUCGCACAGUUUCUUGUGGAAUUGAAGAGGCUCGCCGCGACAUGUUCUUUCGGAAAUUUCCUCCAAGAAGCGCUACGGGACCGCCUAAUUGCCGGACUACGGAGCGACACCAUCCGAUGCCGUCUUCUUGCCUUGCCCGACGACGAGGUCACCUGGGAACGGGUGUGCAAGGUAGCCACCGCCAUGGAGGCUGCACAGAAGGACACCCAGGACAUGCUGUGCGACAGCGCCGGGGCCAGCAACGCUCAACUGCACUGGCAAGGAAGCCAAGGGAAGCCUAACGCAACCAGCCAGGUACUAAAAAAAAACUAUACGCAAAAAACUGCAGUAGAGUGUCAUAGGUGCGGUGGUCAGCACGCUCCUACAAGGUGUCCAUUUGUAAAAAGUGCUUGUUUUAAGUGUUCUAAACGUGGUCAUGUCGCAAAAAUGUGCAAAACGCGAGUUGUUCAGGCUGUAGAAGUACCGGCAACAGAGCAGGAUUUGCAGGAUUUGCUGACUAUAUGUCAAACAAACAGAGCAGGCAGUCCGCCUCCCAUAGUAGUAAAAGUAAUCAUAACGGUCACGAAGUACCGAUGGAAUUGGACACGGGGGCUGCCGUUACAAUCAUGUCUGAAAAAGACUUUGCAGAGAACUUCCCUGACCUAUCGUACAACUGUGAGGACGUAA